AGUGGUGGUGGUGGCGGUCGCCGAUCUGCCGCCGAGGAACUUAACGGUUUUUUAGCGGUUUAGUCGUAAACAAAUAGUGGUGGCUGUUUGCCAAAAAAAAAAAAUCAUUUAAGUCUAUAACAAUUAUAUUAUACAAAUCAAUGCAAUCGGACUGACGUAUGCGUUUAAUUAUCUUGUAAUAAUUUUUUGGUUUCGUAUUUUAGUUCUAUAUUAUGCGUUUUUAAAAUGCGAUUACCCGACACAGCCAGGUAAACAUCGUCGCGUCCGACCGGGGGGAAAUUCGGAAGUUCGGUUUCUUUCUACGCUCAAUCUCGCGCGAGUUUUUCCCCGAAUCAUGUUAAGACCGGUCGACAUAAUAUACACUCUGCUCGCCAUCCUACAGCAAAUGGUGCAUUCGCAAGACAUUAACACUUUGGCUCGAAAAAUAUACCACAAAAACGGCACCUCCGUGCCCAUAGAAAUCUACGUCAGCUACACGAACAACCCGUGGGGGCCGUCGGCCUUGUUGGAGACCGGCCAAUCCGGUGGUAAAAACCAAUACAGACCUAAAAGGAGUGUGUAUCAGCUGUACAACAUGGUCGUGUGCGCCACAGGUUGCAAUCCGAUUUCUUACCUCGGCUACGGCUGUUACUGCGGGUUCCUAGGCUCUGGAUCACCUGUUGAUCCCAUAGACAACUGCUGCAAAAUGCACGACUGGUGCUACGACAGUGCCGAUUGCCCAAUGUUCCUCGAAUACUUUACGCCGUACGUUUGGACGUGCUACAACAAGAAACCAUUGUGUUCAUUGGGAGGUGGAUGCAGUCAGCGGUUGUGCGAGUGUGACCAAAAACUGGCCAUGUGCUUGAGACGUUUCGGGUGCCCGACACAAAAGGCGCUUUGCAAGACAAGUCCAUGGAGAUGGUUCCAGAACAUGUUGUUCUAAAAGACGACUACGACUGCUGCUGCGUAUAUACAGUAUUAUAUUUUUAACAUAAUAUUAUACAGACGACGAUAGCUUUUGAAUUUCGUUUCUAGUCACUAUAUAAUAUGAUACCUACAUCGUACCAGUAGAGGCGACGCACCGCCGCCGCCAACGCCGACGUGGAUAUCAUACCUAUUUCAUAUUUAUAAUAAUAUAUACCGAUACAUGUGCACCACCGAGGACUCAUCGCUUAGUAUAUAUAUACCCAGAUCGUUUAUAACCUACACGCACACACGCACAAGCGUUUUAAACGAAACACUAAUAUAAUUUAUUGUAUUAUUAUAUAUUUGUAUGUACCUGUAUCUACGAUCGAGCGACUUGAGACUUUGAUUUUGCGUAGAUCUUCGUGGACAGGUGUCGUGGCAAUGUAUAGAGAUAGUAUGCGAAAUGUGCGCAUAGACCACCCGGCGGUGGAAAUUUUUUACAUUAUGGGACACCCUUUUUUAGGGCUAUUUUUGGGGGGACGCCAAUGAUGUUUACAAAAAAAUUUGAGUCCUUCGACUUACAACACCGCCCCAAGUUGGUCACAGGGUAACCGCCGUAUAUCCACUCUUAUCAUUUUCCCUACUCUUUAUAUACUAACUUUGAACUGAGUUUGAAGUGUCGUAAUUUCGAAACUAUGCCCGCGAGUACCAAAUUCUGACUUCUCCAUCGUUUUCAGUGUACUUAACAUCAGUUUCAAAAAGAAAAAUUGCAAAAAAAGGUGUCCUGUAAAGUAGAAAGUAUAUACCCACUAAUUGUAUGUUGUCCACAUUACGGUGGUCGGCGAAAUAUGUAGAGAACCGCAAAAGACCGAGGGACGAGGCCUGAGCCGUUUAUCUCUCGUACGAUAUAAACUUGGUAUAAUCGUACUUUAUCAUAAUCAUUGUAACACGCGGUCGCGAAUUAAUCGUAAAAUGUCAUGUGGAUUAGAUUUCGCUUACCAUAAUAUAGUACCUAUAUAUUUUUCUCUUUCACAUAUUUUGAAGAGACGCGCGUUUCGUAUACCUAUUAUAAAUGUAUCGUGUUUAUUGUUUAAUAUAUUAUUAUAAGAUGUACAGCUGUAAACGUUUGUACUGUGAUGUAUUUUGUAAAAACAUACUUCCUAUAUUAAAUUGCGUUAUGUAUAUAGAAAUUAAUGAAAGAAAUAAAAAUCUUCGAUUACACAAACCGAACGCAUCAUAUUAUUAUAUGUAUUUCCACUUGUCACUUAUACCUAUAAUAUAUUUAAUAAAUAAAUAAAUAUGUCAAUUAAUCGUAAGUAAACAGCAUCACAAUACUUGGGAAUGUUCAGCUAGUUAAAUUAUACGUAUACGUCGUGGGAUACACGGUUUUUUUAGAAACUAUAGAGAUCAUUUACAACUGCAGUCCCAUUAUAUCUUCUUCUUCUUCUACUACUUCAUGUCAGCCAGCCGUGUCAGAUUUCUUUCUCAGUAACCAGUAGCCGAUCAUCAGUUUAAUAAAAACGUCAUCGAGUUUUCUGCAGAGGUCGCUCCUCUCACAUUUCAUAUAAGUCAUGCUGCACUGGACCAGGUGUCAAUCGUCUCGCAUGUCUCCGGAAUCGCACUCUUCUGUCUCCUUCUCGUCUUCUAGCUCACGAGGUUUUUCCUUGUAUCGAUUCAAAACGGUUAAUAAAGUCUUAUACCGUUUCCAAAGCCAAAUGUCUUCUGAAGUAAGGUGUUGGAAAAAUCUACAGAUGACAGCUGUUGUGUACAUUUAGUAGUCUAUAUAUAACGCCUUCCAAUAAAUAUUUAACAGGCUGGCGCACCUCGCAAUGGAUCAAUGCAUUCAGUCGCACUAAUUCACAUUCAGCUCAUCUAAUCCGGGGAACUAUGUCUACCGGCGCCAAGUCCAGCUGCAUCCUCCGAAGUCGCGACAUUUUGAACAGCAACCGGUGGUCGUCCGCCGCGGCCGAGCGGAAUUGCAAUCCUGCAGAAAUGCACAGCUCAUCGAUGACCGGUUCGACGGUCACUUGCCAACACCGGUCUGGCGUUUACUCACUCUCAAUAAUCUUCAAUUGUUUUAUUCAUACUAUUUUUAAGGUAUAAAAACUUUAAUAGUUAGUCAGUUGGAAAAAAAUGUAAUUCAAAUUUAAACUGAACAUAUAAUCAUAUGUAUAAUUUGUUUCGUUUUACCUACCCUUAACGUUAUACACAUCGUACGCCUACAUAUAGGUACAACUAUGCAGUAU